AUGCCGCCAAAAAAAUCGCUAAGAAGAAAACCACCACCAGACGUCGAUGAUUUGUACACCAAACAGCCUGCGGUGCCAUUGCUGCCUCCGACUCUAUACUCGAAGCCAAACAAUGAUCGUUGCGGUCCCAUUGACCAAAAGUAUACACACAGACUAGGUUACCCUACUGUGGAUACAUCAGUUUCAUUUAAUGCUGGAGAUGAUGAUAGCUUUGACGAACUGAUCAUAUGGGAUAGCCCGAAACCAAUGGGUCCUAAAGAACUCCCUGAAUUCCUCGACGAUUCAGAAGUUGAUUCCUCACAACGAUAUUUGUCCUCCCACCAGAGACACCAUGAACGGCCCCAACUUCCAUACCCCAUAGAAGACAUACGACUAACAGAAUCGUUUGACGAACCCAUAGAUCCAUAUUCCAGAACUUCGCAGAUUAUAGCUGACAGUUUGAAUACACCUUCGAAGAUUCCUCGGCUUCACGCUUCAGACUCGCUUCAGCGACCGACUUACGAUUAUUCAGUGGAAAGUACCCCCACGACAUCCAGUGGCAUGCUGGCACCUCAGAACAUACUCACUCCUCAAUCAUCGUCUCGAAAUUUGGGAGGCUCACCAACAACGCGAUACGAUCGCUCCCCAUCUCCUAAUCAAGUCUAUGCUCGGUCACCAUCAUUGUUGUACAAGUAUGAGGAAACUACACCUGGGUCUGAUGGAACCGAUCUGAAUCUUUGGGAGGAUUAUGAAGUUGAAGGUGGCGAAGAGCUUACUUUGCACGAUCGCACUUCUGCUUGGAGCUCUGUGGAAACCGAUGGUCUUGGUUCUUCAUUGAUACAAGACUAUUACUAUGACGAUGAAUUUGAUGACUUAUACGACGAUCCCGAUACCCCUGCUACUAAUUACUUUGACUACUCCAUAUUGCCCGACCUUCCAACGCCAUCGCUGUCACCAACUAGUUCCCAUCUUCGAAAACUGCCUACAAGACGUACUCUUGCCAAGAAAGAUUCUCAAUUUUCAAUAUCCCGCAAAAGGUUGGAAGAAGACUUACCUCCGGUUCCUCUUGAUCUCCCAAGACUUCCAUUCUCGUCGUCUUCUUUGGUAGCGCAACAUCUUUCUCAAUGUUCAUCUGUUUGGUCGUUGAGUAGUGUUCACGAAUGGUGUUUAAAAUUGGAGACUUGGCUACACGAUGAGUUCAUUUCCAAAAAAGAGUUCAAAAAAGCACUUAUCAAGUUGAUUGUCUUUCAUCGUCGCAACAUUUCUUUAGACGUCGUUGGACGAAACGUCGACCAAAUUAUAACCGAUUUCAUAUCUUCUGGGGCUGUCACCUUGGUAGCAAAAGAUGGCUCUAGUGGCCCGAAUGAGAUGGGAGUAGUCAUGCAACGUGGAGUGGCAGUCGGAGGGGUCUUGACGCAGCUUACAGAUUGCUAUUGCAGAGAUAGAGAUCACACGAUUGAUCCUCGAAGUAACAAAGAUAUAUCUUCGGCUCCCAAGCUCAGGUGCUACUCAUCAAAAUGCCACUUGAACAAUAUAAUUGCCCAAGAAACACUAAUGAGAAAUACCAAACUUGAAGACGUGGUACUAGAGCUUGAUUGGGCUUCGCAUUGGAAGUUGACAGCGGAUGAUCUUCGUUCCUUGGACAAAUCGACAGCAAAGCGACAAUCGCUCAUUUUUGACCUAUUAAGAUACGAGCAAACAUUCAUUUUACGUGGUUUAUGUUUCGUGGAAAUCGUUGCACCUGAGUUUCUCAAAGCGACUAGGGUUCUACUUGGUGCCAACCGCUCAAUAGUAGACAAGUUCCACGAGGAAGUCAUCGCUCCUGGCUGGGAGGUAGUUCGCAUACAUAAAGAGGUCUUGUUUCAGCCAUUGCUACGCAUUUUGGUUGCGGAAGGUCGCUUCAUCAAGAGCAUUGAUGAGAUUUCUGCCAUUUACAAUGAGUGGGCAAUAGCAGUAAAGAAGAGUUUGUUGCAGUACAUGAGUGCAUUGCCUAUGAUUGAGGACUUGAUGCGGUACGAACCUAUCAAACGAUGGGUCGACGUGGAAGUUCGUAAGUUACCUCGUGUUCAAGAUUUGCAAGUCAAUGGACCUCUUUUAUUCAUCAGUACAUUCAACUCACGGUACCAGCAACUUCCUUUGCAACUCAGUGAUAUCAAACUGUUGUAUGACGAACAAGACUCGGAGUUCAUUGCUUUGACUCAAGCUAUUGAAUCGGUGAAAUUAUUAGGUGCCAAAAUCAAUGAUAUGAAGAUACAUGCGGAUAACAUACAUGCCCUUAAAAGGCUAAAAGUGGAUCUACUUUGGAGGAAGGAUGUCAAACAAGUGAACAUCAAUUUGAGUUCAGAAAACAGGCGUCUCAUUCGCCGUGGAGAUAUUCAAAGAAGAGGGGAAUUGAAGUUUAGUACUUCCACCAGUCACUUGAUUUUGUUGGACAACUACCUAUUUGUCACUGAACGGUCUAACCUGAAGGCGGGCAUCAAAUACAAAAUUUCUGAUAGCCCAAUUCCAAUCGAGUUACUUUUGUUCGAGACCAAAGAGAAAGACAUAGACAAAAGUCGGAGAAACUCUCCUGUCCAGAAUACGUUACAGGGUACCUCCCCCACCAAUGAAGCAGAGGAGGAUGCUUCCACUUAUGCCUUUAAGGUUAGGUUUGCUGGAAGAAAGUAUUCCACUUUCACCUUCAUCGCUCGAAGUGAAGCAGAAAGAAUGUUGUGGAUAAAUUCUUUCACUGAAGCCAAGUCCAAUCUUUGCAGACGUCUCAGUCAAUCUGCACCCUUUGAAUUGAUUCCAGUAGACAUAUCGAGUUUUAGCUAUGACUCUGCAAAAAAGGUGACAAAAUUGCAAGUUUGUGCUCCCGCUGAUCCCUUGUAUGAUAUGAGUCAGAAAUCUCUUUCUCUCAUACUGGGACAAGGACAAGAAGUAGGGUUUGGUGUGUCAGGGCAGAUUCAGUGUUAUACCAGCUUUCAACUUGGAAAGAGUUCCUUCAAAUUGGCGGGUCUUUCGACUGGGCUUUAUUACGCAGACAACGGUAAUAGAUGGAAGAGAAUAAUUUAUGAGGACGUCACUGCUAUAUCUUGCAUUCCCGAACUAAGAAUUGUGAUAUUAAUGGCAAACAAAAUGUUAAAAUACUAUACCAUGGAUCUGAUUUUAUCGGUCUACUAUGAACUGAGCAAUAAGCUACCUUGUAUUCAGCUUUCAAACGACACUGUUCAGUUCUUCGAAGUGGGAAAACAUCGUGGUAUGAUUAUGGUGUUUUAUGCUAAGAAGAAGACCAGUUCCUCGAGCUCGACUAAUUUCAAAGCGGUAAUUCCUGAGAUUGACAAUGAUGGUGUGUUCACUGGGUUUAAAGUGUUCAAAAGAUUCUAUGUCCAAGCCGAGUGUUUUGGUCUCUCAAUAUUCAACACCUCAUUGGCAGUGCAUACAAACAAGGGAUUUGAAGUCUUGGAACUAGACAAGUUGCACCCACGUUCAGUGCCCGAUAUUCCAGGUACAGAUGCAAGAAAAAUAGACGGCUAUAGCCGGCGAUUGACGUCUAGUGCCCUGAGCAUUGGCAGUAACGGUACCAAUCAUAGUAUGGAGGUGAUUAGAAAACACGUCACCUCGAGUUCCGCAAAGCCAAUGGGAAUGUUCAAGCUCAAUAAUAACUCUGAGUUUCUACUAGUGUACAACGAUGGAGCCGUCUUCACCAAUAAGCAUGGCAAGAUCUCACGUCCAGGAAUGUUGCAUUUCGACUUCAAAGCUCAGUCUGUGAUGUUUUUCGACAACAACUUAUUUUUAAUUACUAGCGAGGUAGUUGAAGUUUGGUCGAUAAGCGAUUUUGUUCUGGGUUCAAAUCGGUUAAUUCAGGUUGUUACCGGCAAGGAUGUGCGCUUAGUGGGCAAGGACCCUUACUGCGUAUGUGCGGUGGCAAAUCCUUUGGUACCCGGUAUGCAAUUGAUGUUUGAACUCGAGCCGAAAGAGACUUUCAUAGGUUAA